AUGUCUUUAAUAAAUGUCCAUCCUCCUAAAACGUAUUUCGGUGCGGGAGACAUUCAAAAGUCAUUGGGUUCUCUUCCUGUAUUCCCAUGGGCAAAAUAUCCCGGAGAAAAACAUCUCCCAGGGCACAAUUAUACAGGUCCAGGCACGAGAUUAGAUCUGCGUUUAGACGAAAAUGAUAAUCCCAAACCAGGGGAAGAACCCGUUAAUAGAGUUGACGCAGCAGCGCUCAAAUACGACAUACUGUACAGAAACAAAGACGUAACAUUCAGACACCAAGCAGACAAACAAAUGAUAGACGAACUCGAAAAUAUUCCCAAUCCCACUUUCAAAGAGAAAUUACAAAGGGCUCUUAUCAUAAAACUCUUGAAGGCAAAAUUGAAAUUGGACAACCCAAAUGUAAACGAGGAUAGAUUGAAACGAAAACUAACCGCUUUGGAAAGAAAUCUUGGCGAAUUGCUAGCAGAACUAGACAAGACCGCGGACAAAACCGAGUUACAAAAUUCGAUAUCCAAUUUGAACGAAAAGAUUGCGAAGCAAAAAUCAGAUGUUCAAGAUAUAAUUAACACACUUCCCAUUGACAAAGAUACGUUGAAACGACAAUUGACUGCUUUGGAUACUAAAAUCACGGACGAAUUAGAAAAAGAAGUGGGUGUGAUUAAAAACUUUCUUCAAAAUAAAUUUCGAGAUGAUAUGAAAAAUUAUAUUAAAGAACAGGUCAAUCUUUUGGUAUCUAGAAUUCAUGACGAUUUUUUGAGACAAGAGAGAAAGUUGACCAAAUUAGAAGCUAUUGUCACGGACAAAUCGUAUUAUUUCAAUCAUCCAUUCGAAAGUGACACUGUCUUCGAUGAAAAAGACCAAAUUUAUAAAUCAAACAAAUACCGAUUCAAAGCAGAAAUAAAAGUAGGUACUCUCGCAUACGGAGAACCUAAAAACGUAUUCCUAUCAUCUUAA